AUGUCAAACCACAAGAAAGCAACAGCUAAGAUGGGCCCUCCCUCGGUAAAAGCCGAAGGUGCGAACGCAACAGCAGACUAUACAAGCGUAUCAUCAGCCGAUUCUCCAGCAGCUUCAACGGAUAUUACAAGUAUAUCGUCACUUGACUCUACUAUGAUUAAAAGCGCCUUACCCAAGUCUACCUCUCCUCCUACUACUCCUUCAAAAGUCUUUGAUAGCGAGGAAGAACGUGGUGCCUGGUUUGAGAAAGUCCUCGAGGAUAUAAAAAAUAAUACCCCCGAAGAAAACGCUGCAAUAGCACGAAAGUAUGGACCACGGAUUGUGGGUGAGGGUAUCCCGUAUGAUACGGACGCCGAUAUUGAGUAUGAUACAGGGAAAAAGCGCUAA